UUCUCUGUUUAAGCUGAGACACAACCUUCUCUUUCUUCUUCUCUCUUCUUUUGCCUCUUGGUCUUCUUUUCGAUGCCGCAGGUCUGCCUUGUCCCAAACACUUGUUCAAGUGCUUGCUUUGAUCCAGAUUAAUUUUCUAGCACUUCAGCAUUUGAGCAGAUCUUGAGUUUCCAGCAGGAGCAAGAAGAAAGAAAAUGGUCGUGGCAGAAGGGGAAGUGGGCUCGUCAAUAGAGUCUGACAAACAACCCAAAACCAAACAAUGUCAUCUCUGGGGGGGCAAUCUUCAAUAUAUGCUCUCACACUUGACGAGUUCCAACACAAGCUAUGCGAAGAGGGCAAGAAUUUUGGGUCCAUGAACAUGGACGAGUUUCUCAGUAGCAUCUGGAACGUGGAAGAAAACCAAACCAUCGACAACAAGUCUGUUGAUAAAGGCACAAGAAAGCAGCCGAGCCUGUCUCGCCAGGGCUCUCUCACCAUUCCCGCUCCGCUCUCCGGAAAAACAGUGGACCAAGUUUGGUCUGAGAUACACAGCCAGAGUACCAACAACAACAACAAUGGCGAUGCCAGCAACAAUGUUCGGAAUUCCAAGUCUACCACACGCCAGCCCACUUACGGGGAGAUGACUCUGGAGGAUUUCUUGAUCAAAGCAGGGGUAAUUCGGGAACCAUAUCCUAUGCCUGCUCAGUACGGGCUGUACCCGAAUAACAAACCGGCAAUGGGGCCGACUUUGAUGGGAUGCGCCGGAAAUGUCGAGAGGGAUGCUUCUGGGUAUCCUCCUCCCAGGGUUUGCUAUAGAGGCGGUGGGUACGUCCCGGCGCCGGUGAGCCCUGUGUCAUCAUCGGAUGGGAUGGCAGCGAGGGAGAACACAGGCGGGAUGGAGAUGGGACUGUUGAGAGGAAGAAAGAGGAUAAUAAAUGGGCCAGUGGAGAAGUUAGUGGAGAGAAGACAGAGAAGGAUGAUUAAGAACAGAGAGUCAGCAGCGAGGUCCAGGGCCAGAAAACAGGCAUACACCGUUGAAUUAGAAGCAGAACUGAGCCAAUUGAGAAAGGAGAAUGCCCAGCUGAAACUGACUCUGGUAAUUUUGAAGGAUCGUUACAAAUGUUCUUCUUUGUUUCUGGUGACUGCAAGCACCAACUGA